AUGAAGUACACCAUUUCCGCUGCGCUCGCCACUGUUCUGGCUGCCAACAACGUUGCUGCCCACGCAACCUUCCAACAACUCUGGGUUGACGGAACGGACUUCGACACCUCCUGUGCGCGUAUCCCUCUGAGCAACUCGCCCGUUCAGGAUGUCACCUCCAAGGACAUGGCUUGCAACGCUGGAACCUCCCCGGCCAAGGCCAAGUGCGACGUCCCCGCGGGCAGCACCGUGACCGUCGAGAUGCACCAGCAGCCCAACGACCGCAGCUGCUCCAACGAGGCUAUUGGAGGUGCCCACUACGGCCCUGUCCUUGUGUACAUGGCUGCUGUCGACGAUGCCGCCUCCGCCGAGGGUGCCGACGCCGCCUGGUUCAAGGUCUUCGAGGACACCUGGUCCUCUGGAGGUGCCUCUGGCAGUGACGACAACUGGGGAACCAAGGACCUUAACACUUGCUGUGGCAAGAUGGACGUUCCCGUGCCCAAGGACCUCGCCCCCGGCGACUACCUCCUGAGAGCCGAGGCCAUCGCCCUGCACGCCGCCGGCUCCGAGGGCGGUGCCCAGUUCUACAUGACCUGCUACCAGAUCACCGUCUCCGGCGACGGCACCGCCACAGCCGAGACCGUCUCCAUCCCCGGCGCGUACAAGGCCGCCGACCCCGGUAUCGAGAUCAACAUCUACCAGGCCAUGACCGAGUACGUCGCCCCCGGCCCCGCCGUCUACGCCGGAGGCUCCAACAAGACCGCCGGCUCCGAGUGCACCAACUGCGAGUCGACCUGCGCCCCCGGUGACGCCCCCGCCGCCACCCCCGGCUCUGGAUCCGCCUCCAGCUCCGCGCCUGCCUCUGCCGCCGCCUCGUCUACCUCUGCCGCUGCCACUUCGGCUGCCGCCGCCAGCACCACCCUCGCGACCUCUGUGACCACCCAGGCCGCUGCCGUGGCUACCUCGGCCAGCGAGUCUUCUGCCGCCGCGGCUACCACCGCCGCUGCCGAGUGCAAGAGGCGCAGGAGCCGUAUUGCUCGCAACCUGUAA